AUCAGAUCUCAAGAAUUUACCGUUUACACAUUUCAAUAUAUUGAGCUGGUUCUGGAAUUUCUGUCUCAUCUCCUACUUUUUCUUUUCAAUAUAAUUGUGGAUAGGAAAAAAAAUCUUUAGUAAUUAUUUUUUGUAUCAUAGAUCAUAUUUGUAAUAUACUUAUUUUUUGUAUCAUAAAUCAUAUUUAGUAUUAUAACGAUACAUUAAGCUGGUUAUAUAUAUAUGGACGCAUAUCAAAAGCAAUUGUUGCAACUGUUGAUAGUCCUUCGUGAGUCCUGAAACAUGUGUUCGUUGCAAUUCACGAGAGGAGUCAAUAAAUACACACAUGUCAUCAACCAUAAGGUUCAUCGCCUUCAUUCUCAAUCAGAUCUCAAGAUUUUACUGGAUUUGAAAAUUCACGAUGGGGAAGAUGUACCAGAAGCUGGCACUUUGCGGUGGUGAAGGUGGGCGUGAAUGGGACGACGGUGUAUACGAGGGUCUAAAGAAAGUGUAUGUUGGGCAAGAUCUCUCACGUAUAACUUGCAUCAAAUUCGAGUACGUGAAGGAAUACGGCGAAGUGGUAACACGUGAAUAUGGGACUAUAACUCAAGACCCUAGAGAGUUUAUACUUGAAUAUCCGGAUGAAUACAUCACAGCGGUAGAGGGAAGCUACAACAAAGUGGCUCUGAUAGCCACGGAGGUGAUCACAUCUCUCGUUUUCAAGACCUCAAUGGGUAGAACCUCUCCAACGUUUGGUCCAAACUUGUUCGGAGUUGUCAAUGGCACUAAGUUUAAGUUCGAGGACGAGGGAAAGAAGAUCGUAGGUUUUCAUGGACGGUCAGAAAAUGCCAUCGACGCUCUUGGAGUUUACCUUGUACUAGACUCUCUGACCACACCUUUCCCUAUUUACAAGCUUGAAGCCCAAGGUGGUAAAGAGGGGAGUGUUUGGGAUGAUGGUACUUUUGACGGCGUUAGGACGGUGCGUGUUGGUCAAGAUGAUAAUCGUAUCACUUAUUUGGAGUUUGAGUACGUGAAAGGUGCGACGUUUGAAACACGACGCCAUGGGGUUAAAGGAGAAACCCAAUCUGAGUUUCUGGUUAAUUUUAUGAAUGAACACAUCACGUCGGUGGAAGCAACCUAUGAUAACCCAAAGAUUUUCCGCAAUACUGUCAUUACCUCACUCAAGUUUGAAACAUCAAAGGGUAGAGCAGCAACCUUUGGUUAUGAAGUGGGUAAGAAGUUUGUGCUAGGGCAAAAUGGGAGUAGGCUUGUUGGAUUCCACGGAAAAGAAGGUGAAGCUAUUGAUGCUCUUGGGGCUUAUUUUGAACACAUUCCUAUCCCCAUUCCCACUCCAGUGAUAGGAGAUCCAUGGGGUGAUUAUGGUAUCUACGACGGUGUCAAGAAGAUAACAAUAGGACUAUAUGAAGAAGGUGUAGCCUUUCUCAAGUUUGUGUACAUUAAAGGUAAUGGCCUAGUAACUGGUGAUGACCAUGGGAAGAUAACUUCACUCGGAGCUGAAGAGAUUGUGCUUGAGGAUGGUGAAUAUCUAACAGGCAUGGAAGGCUACUAUAGACCUAUACCUGGUGCACCAUUUUCAAAAGUUGUGUCUCUUAAGUUCAGGACGAACAAAAGGGAGACACCUCUGUUUGGAUUGGAUUCAGGUGAGAAGUACUCGACUGAGGAGAAAGGCCAGAAGAUCACAGCGUUCCAUGGACGAGCUACCAAUGUUAUCUACAGUGUCCAACCCGUUUUCAGGCCAAUCAGCUAGCUGAAAACCUGCUAGUCAUAUCGACAGAAUUUCAGUAAGAGAUUGGUGUGUGUGUCCCUUUGUGAAUUAAAUAAAUUUCAGUGAAGAGCUUGACAUGUGUUUCUCUUUAUGAAUGCUCUUCAUAAUUUACUGGCAGUAUAUUGGUGUGUAAUGCUCAUCAUAAUUUUGCUAUUCUUGUUUCUUUUGAGCCCCUUAAAAUAUAAUUUACUUAUGCUUUGUGUAUAAUCUUUAUUGUCUCUUUUAAUAAAGAACAAACACUAAUAAUUUUGUAACAAAAACAUCAUACAAUUUAUAAAAUAUCCC